UGGCACAAGAAACUAGAGUUCAAGACCAGGCCGUGAACGUGGCUAAACCCUGUCUCAAUUUUUUUUAAAAAAGAAGAUGGACUAUAGCUCAGUGGGAGAGCAUUCCUGGGUUCUAGUCCCAGUACUGGAAAAUGAUAACAAUUUUUAUGGCUAAUUUGCUUAUGUUAUGAUAUAAGGUGUGAAGAUAAAUUACAGGAAAUGAGUGGUGGCUUGGCUCCAAGUAAGAGCACAGUGUAUGUGUCCAACUUGCCCUUCUCCCUGACAAAUAACGACUUAUACCGGAUAUUUUCCAAGUAUGGCAAAGUUGUAAAGGUUACUAUAAUGAAAGACAAAGAUACGAGGAAGAGUAAAGGGGUUGCAUUUAUAUUAUUUUUGGAUAAAGACUCUGCACAAAACUGCACCAGAGCCAUAAACAACAAACAGUUGUUUGGUAGAGUGAUAAAGGCAAGCAUUGCUAUUGACAAUGGGAGAGCAGCUGAAUUCAUCCGAAGGCGAAACUACUUUGAUAAAUCCAAGUGUUAUGAAUGUGGGGAAAGUGGACACUUAAGUUAUGCCUGUCCAAAAAACAUGCUCGGAGAACGUGAGCCUCCAAAGAAGAAAGAAAAGAAGAAGAAAAAGAAAAUUGCUGAACCGGAAGAAAUUGAGGACGUAGCAGAAAGUGAAGACGAAGGGGAAGACCCCGCUCUCGACAGUCUCAGCCAAGCCAUCGCCUCCCAGCAAGCCAAGAUUGAAGAACAGAACAAAUGGAAACCCAGUCCAGCAGGCCCCUCAACAUCAGAGGAUUCACGGCGCCCAAGGAUAAAGAAGAGCACAUACUUCAGUGAUGAGGAAGAAUUUAGUGAUUAGAGUUGUAUAAUGUAGAUGUCAGGAAAAUAAAAAACAUCUGCAGUACAAA